AUGGAAUCCGCCAAAACCCGCCCCACAAACAAUGGCGCACCGGUAUCAGUAAAUUCUGAUGUCGAUAUCGAGAGGUCACUGGACGCAGGAGAAACUGAGAACGAAAUAUUGGCAGCAGUUCAGAGCGAAAAUGAAAAGCAAAAUGCAUUUGUUAUGGAUUUUCCUGACGGUGGAGCAAGGGCUUGGUCUGUAGCAAUUGGUGCUGCAGGUGUUUUGUUUUGUGUAUAUCAAGAAUAUUACCAAACCCAUCAACUCUCACAUCGGAGCCCUUCAGAUAUAAGCUGGAUUGGAUCUCUUCAGGUGUUCUUUCUCUUUAGUGGAAGUGCCGUUGGUGGCCCACUCUUUGAUCGCUAUGGAGGGAAAACAAUAUGGCCUGCCGCACUUCUAUACGUCUUUAGCGUCAUGAUGACUAGUCUCUGCAAGGAAUACUAUCAAUUCAUGCUUGCACAAGGAGUUCUCGGUGGAAUAGCUACUGGUAUGACAAUGUCGCCUGGAAUGACAGCUGUUGGUCAAUACUUCGACAAAAAAAGAGGGGCAGCAAUGGGUAUCACAGUCGCUGGAUCAUCAAUCGGAGGAGUGGUAUUCCCAAUCGCCCUUGCAAAAAUGUUUGCCAAUCCAAAAUUAGGGUUCGGAUGGACUGUUCGGAUCCUCGGAUUUAUUAUGCUUGCCGUUCUUGGAAUCUCUUGUACAGCCAUCCGAUCACGUCUACCCCCACGAAAGAAGUCAUUCUUCCUUCCAUCGGCAUUCAAAGAACUUCCCUAUAUCACCUUACUCAUUUCGGCUUUCCUAAUGAUUCUUGGUGUAUUCAUUCCUAUAUUUUACCUCCCAACGUAUGCGGUUGAGCAUGGAAUGAGCACGCAAUUGGCUUCAUACCUUGUGGCGAUAUUGAAUGGUGCUUCAUUCUUUGGUCGGGUUAUUCCUGGGGUCAUGGCAGAUAAAGUUGGUCGACUCAAUAUGUUCUGUGUUGUCGGCAUUUCCACUGGAAUACUGGUAUUUUGUUGGCAAAGUAUCACUUCAAGUGCUGGUAUCAUCGUUUUUGCGACUAUCUAUGGAUUCUGUUCCGGCGCAAUCGUGUCACUCGUGACUGUGUGCUUCACAACUAUUCCUAAGAACCCACAAAACAUAGGAACCUACAUGGGAAUGGGUAUGGCCGUCACAGGAUUUGCAGCAUUGAUUGGUCCACCCAUCAAUGGUGCACUUGUCGACCAUUAUCACUCUUUUAAUCAGGUUGCUGAUUUCAGUGGUGUUGUGGUAUUGGUUGGUGGAAUCUUUGUUCUCGUGAUAAAAUAUGUGGAAGGUGGUAUACUCAAGAAGAUCUAA